ACUUUUUUUUUUGACAACAUAUCUCUUCACUUUGUGCCUGCUCACCUCCCCUCUGAGGGAGGCUCUGACCAAAUCUCCAUUCCCAAUCAACCAUUUCCUGUUCCUGCAAAGAAGAACGGACUACUACGAUUCAACCUUCAGCUCCACUGCCGAAAACCCACCAAGAACAAGAUCUCGAAGCAGCCAGACGACAACCAGCCAGGCAGCAGUCCAGAGUCUAACUCAGCACAGCUGUGAAGCAAAGUAGCAGGCUCUCCCAGCCGGUGGUCAGCAGCCAUGAGUACCAUGAAGUUUUGCCGUGAAUGCAACAACAUCCUGUACCCCAAGGAGGACCGGGAGCAGAAGGUUCUCCUCUACGCCUGCCGGAACUGCGACCACCAGGAGGUCGCCGACAACAACUGCGUGUACCGGAACGUGGUGCACCACAGCGCCGGCGAGUUCACCCAGGUGCUCCAGGACGUCGCCGGCGACCCCACGCUGCCCCGCACCAAGUCCGUCCGCUGCGCCUCCUGCGGCCACGGCGAGGCCGUCUUCUUCCAGGCGACUGCAAGAGGCGAGGAGGGGAUGACGCUCUUCUUUGUCUGCUGCAACCCGAGCUGCGGCAACCGCUGGAGAGAAUAAAGGCAUGAUUUUUGAAAAAAAAAAAAUUCUCUGAACAAUUCAGCAAGACGUACGAUUCCUCUGGUGCAACAGCCAGGACGACGUGAUGAGUUUUUGAGAAUUUUCAUCCCCAGAGACCUGCUGCCAAUAUUGGCAUGCGAACUGAUUGUACUGUAUGUUCCGAGUGCGUUCAGGCACAAGACAUUUUUUUUCGAUAACUUCAGCAGGGGUAAACUUCCCUGGUUCAUUCAUUUGCGUCAAUCAAAGAAAGGAUGAGAUGAGGAAAUCUUUUUGUCGAUGUUCUAA